AUGCUUGGCUCAUGGCAGCUUGCAAGCUACCUGCCUUUCUGGGUGGGUGACGCACACGUGGAUGUCGUGGUGUUGAGCGCUGAGCUGGGCCGUGACGAGCUGGUGCGGGAGGUAAACAAGCGCACCGGCAGGUAUGAGACGCGGUUCGAGACAGUGUGGCGGCGGGUGUCACUGCAGGGCCUGGGGUGGCAGGCCCACCACGCCCCUGAGGACCCUGGCAUGCAACUCUAUGCCUCCUGGAAUUACCCCAGGUCUGACAUUGAGGCGCUGCGCCCCGGCCCCCUCAUCAGGGCAGCUCGUGCCAUCACACCAGACAUGCUGCAGGCAGGCCCAGGGGGACCUUCGGACACACGCCAUGUGGGGGCCUUCACGGUGCCCCCCGACGUGGCUCGCCGCCUGCUGGUGUCUCGGAUAGAGAGCGCUGAGCGGCGCCGGGCGGAGGAGCUGGUGGCCUCCACCACAGGCUACCGCCAUGUGCGCUUUGUGGAGCUGGCGGUAUCGUGGCUGGGCCCUGUGGGGGGCGACGGGCCACGGCUGUCGCCUGUGUAUGUGCCGACUUUUGUCUAUUCCUGGAUCAUGGGCGGCAUCAAGCAGCAGCAGCAGCAGCAGCAGCAGCAGCAGCAGCAGCAGCAAGCCCUGCACUGCACUGCGGUUGCUUGA